AUGUCCAACAGUAGCUCCCUGAAAGAGUUCCUCCUUCUGCCAUUCGCAGACACGCGGGAGCUGCAGCUCUUGCACUUCUCGCUCUUCCUGGCCAUCUACCUGGCUGCCCUCCUGGCCAACGGCCUCAUCAUCACAGCUGUAGCCGGCGACCACCACCUCCACACCCCCAUGUACUUCUUCCUUCUCAACCUCUCCCUCCUCGACCUUGGCUCCAUCUCUACCACUCUGCCCAAAUCCAUGCACAAUUCCCUGUGGGACACCAGAGACAUUUCCUACUUAGAAUGUGCCACACAGAUAUUUUUCUUCCUUUUUUUAUUUUCAACAGAGUUUUAUCUCCUCACAGUCAUGGCCUACGAUCGCUACGUUGCCAUCUGCAGACCCCUGCACUACGGGACCCUGCUGGGCAGCAGAGCUUGUGUCAAAAUGGCAGCAGCUGCCUGGGCCAGUGGCCUUCUCUACGGUCUCCUGCACACUGGGAACACAUUUUCCAUACCACUCUGCCAAGGCAAUGUGGUGGAGCAGUUCUUCUGUGAGAUCCCACAGAUCCUCAAGCUCUCCUGCUCAGACUCCUACGUGAGGGAAGUUGGGCUUCUUGUGGUUAGUUUCUGUUUAGCCUUAGGGUGUUUCAUUUUCAUUGUGGUGUCCUAUGUGCAGAUCUUGGCUGCUGUGCUGAGGAUCCCCUCUGAGCAGGGCCAGCACAAAGCCUUUUCCAUGUGCCUCCCGCACCUGGCUGUGGUCUCCCUCUUUGUCAGCACUGCAAUGUUUGCCUACCUGAAGCCCCUGUCUGUCUCCUUCCCAGCUCUGGAUCUGGUGGUGGCCAUUCUGUAUUCUGUGGUGCCUCCAGCACUGAACCCCCUUAUUUACAGCAUGAGGAACAAGGAGCUCAAGGACGCACUGAGGAAACUGGUUACGUGGGUCCAAUGUCUGCAACAAUAA